CUCCCACUUCGGGGCUCUGAAAAUAUUUCUCGGUAUCUCACCAGUCACCAGUUGCUUGCUGUGGAACCAGAAACGUGGAGUUCCUUCGACUUUGACAACACCAUCUGUGAAGUUCGUUCAUUGUGUUUCCAUUCAAUCGAAUUUGUUUGCAAUACAUUAUUUGUCAAGUUAGUCACGUGAUGUGAGAUGCCCGGGUCCUUGCAGCCUCUGGUUCCCAACUAUUCCGCGCCACCACCCUCUCUCUCGGUACCCGUGAAGGAGGAGGUGUUACUGAUGGACCUCAGCGGCCCGCCUGAGUGUCAGGACCGCUACCAGUUGCCUCAAGAGCUUCUGUUCCCCGGAUACUACCCCCCGACCCACCCCUUGCCCCAGGAACGACCACAGGACGACCGAAAGAGGAAACGCUCCCAGGAGUGGGUCUCUGGAAGCAAGCUCCGAAGGAGAAACUCGACCGCAUCUUCAGAAGAACUCCACAACCAGAGGGUCCUGGCCAACGUGAGGGAGCGCCAGCGCACCCAGAGCCUGAACGAGGCUUUCGCCUCUCUGAGAAAGAUCAUCCCCACACUCCCCUCCGACAAGCUAAGCAAAAUACAGACUCUGAAGCUAGCCGCGCGCUAUAUAGACUUCCUUUACCAGGUCCUGCACUAUGCCGACACCGACGACCUCCCGGACUCCGAUCCUGAGGAUUCUACAGGAGGACGCACGAGUCCUGAGGGAAGGACGAUGACGUCCUGCAGCUACAUGGCUCACGAGAAGCUGAGCUACGCCUUCAGUGUGUGGAGGAUGGAGGGGGAGUGGCACACGGGAGGUCAGGUGUAGGAACUUCUCACGAGGAUGGGAAUGUGUUAAAGUUGAUCCAUAGAUCAUAAAACAUCCGGUUUACAGUAUCUGUAACAUUUCUCAAUAUUUCUGUCGGUGAACUAUAAAUUUUAAUUAUAUAGCUUAGCUAGGACUUUGAAUAUCAAAACAGUAAAAUAACUGCAUUUAUUAUAGUCAUUAUUUUAUAACGCACAGGUAGGUACUUCACUCGAAAACAGCAGUAUAAUAAUUCCAAUUCAGUCGAACCAUUAUUAUUUAGUUCUAGAUUUAAUUUUGUACUUAUUUAUUUAAUUACAUGUAAGUGCAUUGUGUAAGCUAAAUGAUUUAAGAUACUCAUUUAAGUUUAUUUCUUGUGAUAUUGAAAUGCUCUUCAUUGUUUUCCUAUUCCAUUUACGUUAACUUUGAAUUAAAUCUUAAUAGUAGAAGCUUUUAGUAUAAGUAUGUACAGUAUUAAAUAGGUAUAGCUACUAUUAAGAUCAGUUAGAUCUAUAAUUGGACGAUAUAUUUUUACAGAAUAUCUAUAUCAUCAUAUAGAGAAACAAUACCAUUUUGUCUGACGUGGUACUUAUACACUAGCGAAUUCUAGCGGAACCGAUGCUGAACUGAGUCGUGGCGAACAUAACCUACAAACCGACACUAGCGCGAUCUGGAUUCAGGAGGAUAAACUCACUCGGCUGGAUUCUAAAGCCAGGAACGAAGAGAGUGAGUUUGCCUCUGGAGCAUAGUUUUAUCUAACAAAAUGUAAAUUUGAUUUAAUCAAGUCAUCAACUAUUCCUUGCAUCCAAAAUUCUGCUAUCUGUUAAAUGUUAUUACAAAUUUUCAUUAUAUUGUGGUAUAUUUCUCUAAGAUAACUAUUUGUUACUUUACAUUAACAAAAUUAGUUAAGUAACUUAAGUAUACGUUUGUAUUAAGCUGUGCGAGGUGGUGCUUCAAUUGUAUAUAAACUAAAAUCUGUUAAUAUGAUCUGUAAAUAAAACUGUGAUACUCUCUUA